AUGACUUCUUUACAAUCCUCCACGUUUUACGACCGUCAGUCUCACACCAAUGAUCCACAACAACAUCAGCAGCAACAGCAGCAACAAGCACCAUCACCACCACCACCGCAGCACCACCACCAACAACAACAACAAUCAGGAGAGGUACCGCAACAGAUACCCGCUUACUACGCGUCAUUAGAUAGUGGUGUAUCUCCAACAUCAAGUACAACAUCUUCAUAUUUCGAUAAUAUUGAAUACCUGAACCAUCCUAAUAAUGCGCACCAAGGACAAGCUCAAUAUCACCCACAACAACACAAUCACGGUCAUCAACAACGCCAACAACACCACCAGCAACUGCACCUUCAAGAUGGUUCUUCAUCGGAUUUACUUGACAACAACACAAACGCAGGAGGUGUAAUAACAACAACGACAUCGACGUCGGUAGAUGAUCCCGCAGCAGCAGCAGCAUCAUCUGAGCAACCAUUCUACGUCAAUGCCAAACAAUACCAUCGUAUAUUGAAGAGACGCAUAGCGCGAGCCAAAUUGGAAGAGAAUUUGAAGAUUGCCAGAAUAAGAAAGCCGUAUUUGCAUGAAUCAAGACACAAACAUGCAAUGAGAAGACCUCGAGGUCAAGGAGGACGGUUCUUGACUGCUAGUGAAAUUGCCGAAUUGGAAAAGAAGAAGAAGGAAGAAGAAGAGAAGGGAAAACAAGAGGAAAAACUAGUGCAAACCGAAGUGAAGCAAGAACAAGGUGAGGAAGGAGAUGGGAGUCAUGUUAAUAAUGGCGAGAUAGAGGGUGGAAAUAUCAACAAUAGUGGAGUACUGAAUGCAGCGAGUUUGAGAGAAGAUGGUGGUAAUGAUGUCAUCAACAAUAAUAAUAACAAACCAAAAUCAGGUGAUGCGACUAGUUACUUACAUGAGAAUACUGUCAGUGGUCAAAUUGAAAGUAAUGGGAUCAACUAUUCACUACCACCUGCUGCAGAGGCAACAGUUGCAACAGCAACUACAACAAGCAUGAAACCCGAACCUAGCAUAAGCUGA